GAUAAAUCCUUUUAACAAUUGAAAAACUUGAUUCUAAUACUUGUCCUUCAAGUCGUUGUGUACUAUAAAAGACAUUUUUUACCCAGUAUCAUCAUUCACUCCUAGAAGUUUUAAAGAUACAGUACCAUGAGAGUCCUGUUGGUUUCCGCCCUUGUGGUCCUUGUGGCCCUUUCUUCUGCCAAGAAAACAGAAGAAAAGAAACGUAGCAUCAUUGGAGAUGGCUCAAUAUACGGAGGCCACGGUCUUUCUGGACACGGAUACUCCAGCCUUUCUGGAUUAAACGGCGGAUACUCCGCUAACUUGGGAGGUAACGGCUUCUCCUCAUACAGCAGCUCUGGAUCCCUUGGUGGCGCUGCCGAUUUGUCCUACGGCUCUGGAGUAAGCUCUGGCUUUGGCUCAGGCCUCUCUCUUGGCGCUGGUUCUUUGAACAUCGGCUCCUCCUCCGCCGGUUUGAGUGCUGGAUCCUUGGAUCUUGGUGCAUCUUCUGCUGGUUUGUCCACUGGAUCCAUCGGUUUUGGUGCUGGUUCCAUCGGAGCUGGUUCUUUAGAUCUUGGUGCCUCUUCUGCUGGGUUGAACGCGGGCUCUUAUGGUUUUGGAGCUGGUUCCAUCGAAUCAGCCGGUUUGGGAUCUUUUGGUUCCGGAUACAGUACAUACUCUUCUGGUCUUUCCGGAGGACUCGUAGCUGGUGAUGCCGGUUUGGCCACCGCUGGUUUGGGUCUUGGAUCUGCCGGUCUUGCUACUAGUGGAUUUGCCUCUGGAGUAUCCAGUGGAUUUGGCGCCGGUAUUGCCACCGGAGUUCAUGGAGGUGAAACUACCCACACUUCCACCAGGAAAAUCACUCAACACGUCAAAGUACCAGUCAACCAACCCUUCCCAGUAACUAUCACCAGGACCGUGAAGGUACCACAACCCGUCCACGUACAUGUUACCAAACACGUACCAGUUCCAGUUCAACAACGCGUCACUUACAGCGUACCUAAACCAUACGCCGUCAAUGUACCAGUGCAAGUACCAGUAGCCGUUAAAGUAAACUACCCCGUCGAAGUACCAAAACCAUACGCCGUAGUCGUAACCAGAAGAAUCGAAGUACCAAUCGAAAAACCAGUCAUUGUACGUGUACCACACCAAGUACCAGUACCAGUCGCUAAACCAUUCGCUGUCAGAGUACCAACUCCAGUAGCCGUCAAAGUACCACAAAGAAUUGUCGUCAAAGUACCACAAAUUGUCAACUCUGGCGUACAAGCUACCCGCAGCCAAUCCGGACAUCUUAACUUAACCCCACAAGUCAGUGUACGUCAAGGAGCACCUUUCGCCCUUAACGCUGGAUACGUACCAACUCCAGUAGCCGUCAAAGUACCACAAAGAAUUGUCGUUAAAGUACCACAAAUUGUCAACUCUGGCGUACAAGCUACCCGCAGCCAAUCCGGACAACUUAACUUGACCCCACAAGUCAGUGUACGUCAAGGAGCACCUUUCGCCCUUAACGCUGGAUACGGUUCCGGUCUCGGAUCCUUCGGAUCUGGACUCUCCUACGGUUCUUCUUAUGGAUCAUCCGGACUUUCUGCCGGAAUCGCCGAUUCUGGUAUCUCUGGAAUCAGCUCUGGAUUCGAAAGUGGUUUCUCUGGAAUCAACAGCGGAAUCUCUGGAGUCAACUCUGGAUACGAAAGCGGUAUUUCUGGAAUCAGCUCCGGAAUUUCUGGAAUCAGCUCUGGAAUUAACUCGGGAUUCGAAAGUGGUAUCUCUGGAAUCAGCUCUGAAAACGGAAUUGGAUACGCUUCCGGUCUCGGAUCCUUCGGAUCUGGACUUUCCUAUGGUUCAUCAUACGGAUCUGCUGGAAUCAGCAGCGGAAUUUCCGGAAUCAGUAGUGGAAUUUCUGGAUACGAAAGCGGUAUCUCCGGAAUAAGCUCUGGAAUCAGUUCCGGAUACGAAAGCGGAAUCUCCGGAAUCAGCUCUGGAAUCUCUGACGCUUCCUAUAGUUCUGGAUCCCUUUUGUCGUCUGGACUGGGUAGCGCUGACUUAUCUGGAAUCUCUGGCGGUUUUUCAGGCAUUUCCUCCGGAGUUGCUUCUGAUGUCUCCUAUGGAUCUGCUAGUUCUGGAUUCGGUUACAAUCAUCACCAAGUAGCCCGUAGCACCAACAAUGACAAAAAACAUUAAAUCUUAUAUUUGUAAAUUAAUAAAUCUU